GAGCGGAGCACUGAAGACACUGCGUACCGCCGCUGCUCCGUCACACAGCCAUUGCAGACCAUUGAGAUUCAGCUGUAGACCUCGAUACUGUCAAAAUGGGGAAAGAUCCGAGCAAGCCCCGCGGGAGGAUGUCCUCCUAUGCCUAUUUCAUCCAGACCUGUCGUGAGGAGCACAAGAAGAAGCACCCAGAAGCCUCUGUCAACUUCUCCAAGUUCUCAAAGAAGUGCUCUGAACGCUGGAAGACCAUGUCAGCCCCGGAGAAGGGCAAGUUUGAGGACAAGGCCAAGCUGGACAAGGUGCGCUACGAGAGGGAGAUGAAGACCUACAUUCCACCAAAGACGGAAAAGAAGAAGAGGUUCAAGGACCCGAACGCCCCCAAGAGGCCACCGUCUGCCUUCUUCAUCUUCUGCGGGGACUUCCGUUCCAAGAUCAAAGGGGAGACCCCCGGCCUGACCAUUGGAGACGUGGCCAAGAAGCUGGGCGAGAUGUGGAACAACACCGCCUCAGAAGACAAACAGCCCUACGAGAAGAAGGCCUCCAAGCUGAAGGAGAAGUACGAAAAGGAUGUGGCCGCCUACCGCGCCAAGAGUAAGCCUGGCCCCGCGACCCCGGCCAAGGCCCCCGCCAAGGCCGAGAGGAAGAACGACGACGACGACGACGAGGACGAAGACGAGGACGAGGACGAUGAGGAUGACGACGACGACGAGUAGAGCGCAGGCCCCAAAGCUGCGGUCGCUGCUUCCUCUCUUCUUGUUUAUAUAAAGCAUUUAACCCCCUUGCCCCCCCCGUACAUGGUCCACUUCAAGACACUAUGAGAUGAACUGUCACCACGCCCCCUCUGUUCGUCUGUCCCUUUGCAGCAUUAGUUCUGGUUCUGGUUCGAUCGCUAAAGUUCAAGGCCACACACACAGCAGGCUGAGUGAGUUCCUUCACUCGUAGAAGUGGCUUUUAUUCGGAAGCGCGUCGAACAGCACAACAUGGGAGAGCGCUCAUGUCAUGGUGUCUUUAAAAAGGAAGUUAGUUUUUGUUUUGGGUGUGGAGGGAUUGCGGGCAACGCUGUGUAUAUCGGUUGUUUUUAUGCUGUACAGUUUAGUUCUCCCUUUUUUUUUUUUAAUAGUUAACACUACGACGUGUUUGGUCUGUAUCGCUCCCUCCCCGUUGUGGUAGCGCCCCCUGUGGUAGACCGCUCUGACCCGGUGAGCGGUGGGGGCCGUGGUUGUACUGACGCUUGCUGAAAGUGAGCAGCGCAUAAGGUUCCUGAGUUUCGGUUCUUCGGUUUGUCUUCUCUUUCCUGUGUGUUCUUCGGUUUAAAUGACCAGUUAUCAAAAUCGACGUAUCAAAGCUGUUAUACUGUCUUUUGAGUACCACUGUAAUCGCAAAAAUAUGGAGAAAAAAAAUAUGCUUAUGGUUGACCUAUUAAUUGCUUCUGAUGUCAAUAAACAUUUUUUUAAUAUAA